CCCAGCUAUUCACAUUCAGAGGUGUGGGAACAAUCUAUCAACAUCUACCGAACAUGUUCGGGCAAGUUAACCAAAACCUAUUCUGCUUGAUCCUGUUUUCUACAUCAGUGAACGCUGUGUAUCAACUUGAGCCGAUUUCGACGAUUUAUAUUCCUUCAAGUUACGAUUCCACUGAUUCACCAAAGUACACAAUCGAUGGAGGGGCUGUGGAGCAAAGUGCUUACGAUAAAAACGAAAAACUUGUGUACGCUGCAGGCUCAUCAUACUUGCAUGUAGUUGAUUUCUCCGCCGUAUCAAACCCAGUAAUCUUGAAGAAGGUACCAACGCUAGGAGUUGCGAAUGAUAUUGAAUUGUGCGGUAACUAUGUCGCCAUAACUGUCUCUAGUAAAAAUCCAAAUCAAAAUGGAACUGUUUGUGUGUAUGAACUGUACAACAGGAAUAAUGGAAACUUCCCGAUGGUUCAAACAAUUAUAGUGGGUAGUGAACCGGACAUGUUAAAGUUUACAAAAGAUUGCAGGACUAUUCUAGUGGCCAAUGAAGGUGAAGGAUAUACAAGCGAUGAUGAAGAGGACAUUGUCAACCCUGAAGGAUCUGUUUCGAUUAUUCGAUUCACUUCCGACGACCUUUCCACAAUACCAACCAUCUCAACUGCAGACUUCAUGCACUUUAACUCGAGAUCCGACGAGUACGAGAUGAAGCAUAUAAGGUACCCCUACAAAGGGUACAUAAGUAAAACCAGGGACACUUUUUCGCAGAAUCUUGAACCAGAAUAUAUAGCCCUUAACAGUAACGAAUCAAAGGCUUACAUAGCGCUUCAGGAAAACAACGCAAUUGCUAUUGUUGACAUGGCUACAAGCUCAGUCGAUGAGAUAAUUGGUAUGGGAGUGAAAUCGUGGGAAAAUCUCAAAUUUGACGCAAGCGACAAAGAUUCAGGAAUUAACUUACAAUCGUGGCCAGUGUAUAGCUUCUACCAGCCAGACUCUAUGAUUCACUACGAAAUCGAUGGCGUGGAAUACCUUGCGACAUCGAAUGAAGGUGACUCAUUUGAAUACGAAACAAAAAAUAACAAGUGGGAGGAGAAAAAACGAGGUGCAAAGUUGGUGAAAGAUUUAUUGAUUUCCGACAGCAUCCCAGAAAACGUGACGAAAUACCUAGAAGACAAAGAUGAACUUGGCCGUCUAGAAUUUAGCACCGUUGACGGUUUGGACAAGAAUGGCAAAAUAGAAACGCUUUACCACUAUGGCGGGCGAAGUUGGUCAAUAUUUAGAAUCGACGGUGAUAACCUAACUAUGAUAUACGACAGUGGUGAUGACGUUGAACGCAUGAUGUCACUCUACUAUCCUGAAGUCUUUAACGGCAACACGAAGCCAGAUGAUGCCAACGAAGAGAAACCUGAGGAUCUUUUUGAUACCAGGUCAGACAACAAGUUACUCUCUCAAAUUGGCGCAUUGAGACUUUUUAUAAUGCGCGUUUUAAGUCGAAGUUUGGAUUGGGUUGGAAUGGAACUUUCAUUAGCAUUAUCCUGCAACUUCGAAAGGUCUAAGCGAUGAAUUUGUGGUUUCUAGGAA